AUGCUGCCAGUUCUCACCUUCGCAGGACCCCAAAACUACUCAACGUACUCCGAUUCACCGCUGUCGGACCCCCAAAGUCAGGCAGGCUUAAACCCCCAUCAACCGUACCUGCAGGAUUACCUAUUUAUAUACGCGACGACCACAGCAGACCUACCUUUUGCACAAGCAGCAACGGCGCUGACGCUCCCGUAUAGUUGUGUCAACCUUGGACCCUCUGACCAGCAGCGUCGGCAACAGGCGCCCGGCGUUAUGUACCCGAACGCGAUGAUGGGCUCAGUUUUUGACUUGGCCUCGCCGUACUCGUCGGCGCCUCAACGCCAACAGCAAAACGCAGCCCGAGUGGCAGGAAGCCGGCCAAAGCCGCAGUGCUGGGAGCAUGGAUGUAACGAUCGCGAAUUCUCAACCUUCGGCAACCUUCUCAGGCACCAGCGGGAGAAGUCUGGCCAAACCACCAAAUCGGUCUGCCCAAACUGCGGGGCCGAAUUUACUCGGACGACGGCUAGGAACGACCAUCAACGAAAGGACAGGUGCAAAACAGAACAAACAGAACGCAGCGCAUAG